GGCUGGAGAUGAUGUUCUUGUUUGGCCGGCCAGGACCAUAUGCAAUAUCUUAACAUAGAUGUAAUUCUUCUUGCCUUGCAGAGUUGUUUUGCCAAAAUCAGCAUUUGAUGUCUGCUUGCAGGCUACAUGCUGUGGUGUAUGACAUAAUCUAUUUUUAGAGAUAUUAUACAAAAGUUGACUGAACACGGUGACUGAACAGUGGGAAUCAUAUUGCACCGGAUGUCAUUACAGGCUUUUGAGUAGCGCGGAGUGUAAUCAAGAUGGAAGUUGCAGCACAUUUUGUGAAUGACUCUGUAGAAUUCUACAAAUGGAGCCUUACUAUAUCAGACAAAAGGGUCGAAAAAUGGCCCAUGAUGUCAUCGCCCCUCCCGACGCUGGCCAUCAGCUGCCUGUACCUGCUCUUCCUGUGGGCGGGACCUCGAUACAUGCAGGACCGGCAGCCAUUCGUCCUUAGGAAGACCCUCAUAGUCUACAACUUCAGCAUGGUGGUCCUCAACUUCUAUAUCGCCAAAGAGCUCCUGAUAGCCUCCAGGGCGGCCGGUUACAGCUAUCUCUGCCAGCCCGUCAACUACUCUGAGGAUGAAAACGAAGUCAGGGUGUGUGGACCGCCACACGAGGACAACGAGGACCUCAAGUGCCAGCUGGCCUUCAUCAAAGAGGAGGCGGUGCUGAUGAGGAAGAAGACGGCCACCAUCGACAAGGAGAAGGACCGCCUGGACCAGGAGCUGCAGAAGUACCGCUCCUUCUACGGGGACCUGGACAGCCCCCACCCCAAGGGCGAGGCCGGGGGCCCGCCCACCACCCGCGAGUCUGAGCUGAAGCUCCGCCUCCGCCUGGUGGAGGAGGAGGCCAAUAUCCUGGGCAGGAAGAUCGUGGAGCUGGAGGUGGAGAACCGGGGCCUGCGCGCCGAGCUGGACGACCAGCGGGGCGAGGGCGAGGGCGGGGAGGACGGCGGCCGGGGGCCGGGCGGCGUGGGCCGGGGGCGGGGCCUGCGGGAGGACCUGACGGAGCUGCGGCAGCAGCUGCAGCUGGUGGAGGACGAGGCGGAGCUGCUGCGGAGGAACCUGGCCGACUCGGAGGACCAGAACAAGAGGGUGACCACGGAGCUCAACAAGAUGCGCUUCAAGGCCGGCACCCUGGAAGGGGGCGGGCGCCAUGGCGGGGGGGGCGCGGCCGCCGCGCUGGCCAUGGACAGCGCCAAGGUGGACGCCCUGCAGGAGGAGCUGAAGAUGGCCAGGCUGCAGAUCAACGACCUCAGCGGCAAGGUGAUGCAGCUGCAGUACGAGAACCGCGUGCUGCUGUCCAACAUGCAGCGCUACGACCUGGCCUCGCACCUGGGCGUGCGCGCCAGCCCGCGGGACAGCGACGCCGACAGCGACGGCGGGGGCGGCGGCGGGGGUCCCGGCGGCGGCGACGACUCCGCUCCCUCCGCCCGGCUGCAGCCCCCGCACCGCAAGCGCGAGGGUCCCGUGGGCGGGGAGAGCGACCCGGACGAGGUCAGAAACGGAAACAACGGCGGCGGCGGCAACGGCGUUGGGCGCUGCUUGACCCCCACACGGGGGCUCUACACCCCCACGGGGCUGGACGGGGGCGCCCUCCCCUCGUCGGCCUCCUCCUCCCCCACGGCCGCCUUCGCCCGCUUCCUUCCUGGCGGCGGUGGUGGUGGCCGCGGCGGCGGCGGCGGCGGGGGCAUCAGCGGCCUGCGCGAGAGGCAGCAGAUGAUGGACAUCCGCAUGGAGGCGGAGCGUCUGGUGCGCACCAUGGACCGCCUCAUCGCCGACACGGCCUCCAUCAUCUCGGACGCGCGGGUCUACGGCGGCGGCGGCGAGCUGAUGUUCGGCCGGGGGGGCGGCGGCGGGGGGGAGGAGCGGGGGAGGGAGGAGGAGCAGGAGGGCCUGGGGAUCGGGAUGGGAGGGCGGUUCCGGGAGCACGAGCUGCUGUACCGCAUCAGCGCCCAGAUGAAGGCCUUCCGGAAGGAGCUGCAGGCCUUCAUCGACCGCCUGGAGCUGCCCCAGCUGGAGGGGAGGGACACGGAGGAGCCGCUGUCGAUGUUCCAGCCCAUAAUUCUUCUCAUCCUCAUUCUUGUGUUGUUCUCAUCUCUAUCCUACGCCACCAUCUUCAAACUAGUCUUUCUUUUUACCCUUUUCUUCGUCCUGUGAUUUUUCUUCCCCCACCUUUUCGUUGUCUUUUUGUUUUCUUCUGAGUUUCAUCCUUUGUUCUUUUUGCUCUUUUGACGUUUUUUCCUCCCCCCCCCCCCCUCUCCCCAACACAUU